AUUUUUUGUUUAGUAUAUAUAACUCAGCCAAGCAGCAAUAGUUUCAGAUGUCGAACGACACUAUUGUGCAUUGUUUAAUUAUUACUUGGCCAAUCAGCGCAAAUUUCAAUGGAUGUGAAUUUGAAUUAGUGGGAAGGUGGCACUGUCUGUGAAGGGUGUUUGGGAUGUACAGUAAUUCAACAAGAAUUUGAGAAAGAAGCUGUAGCUGUUUGCAUCUUUAGGUCUCAUGGCUUUAAGUAAAGCAUCCAAGUUGUAAUUCAGACUAUCAUCAUGACCAUCAUGCUUGGUAUUGCAGUAAAAGACGACAGUUCCCAAGAAAAUCAGAUAUCAUAUUUUGCUCAGUAUGUUCUCAAUGACAGUGAGAUAUGGAGCAGGAUUGAAAAGUCUGUCGGCAAAUCUUUCACCGUCCAAGUAGAAGGAGAAACGACCCAGGGAACUAAUUGUCGAGUGUGGACACAAAUUCUUGAUCGCUAUGAUGGAUCUUAUAUUGUCAGGUACCGUACAUAUCAGACAUGUAGAAAGCUAUUAACCAUUCAUGUCCUGUAUAAUAGUCAACAUGUUGCAGAAUCUCCAUAUAAAAUAUCAGGUCCAGUAUAUUCUGAAGAUUGUUACUGUCCAAUAGGAGACAUAAGCAGUUGGCAGGAAUUGGUUAGUUGCCCAACAUCUUAUGAACAAAUUAAUUAUGACCUCAAAAAUUUUUCUGAGGUAGACUUUGAACCUGUUCUCAAAGAAGCUGCUAAAAGAUUCAACCAGGCAGGAUCACGAAGUUUCUGCAACUACGUAAUUAAAGAUAAUAAAGUGUACCGUAAAUGCUAUGGCCAGCAUGUGGGAUUCAAAAUGUUCAUGGACAACAUUCUCCACUCCAUGCUUCGAAAGAUGUAUCUUCCUGAUGUUGAGUUUAUCAUUAAUCUUGGUGACUGGCCUCUUGUUGAUCCAAAGGUCAAGCCACUCAUCCCAGUCUUCUCAUGGUGUGGUUCUGAAGAUACCGCAGACAUUAUCAUGCCCACCUAUGACAUCACUGAGGCCACACUGGAGAUGAUGGGCAGAGUGACUCUAGACUUGUUAUCUGUCCAGUCCAACAAUGACAUACCGUGGCAUGAGAAGAAAUCACAGGCAUUUUGGCGAGGCCGUGACUCACGUCGGGAAAGGCUUGACCUCAUUACUUUAGCAAGAGAACAUAAACACCUAAUAAAUGCCUCACUCACCAACUUCUUUUUUUUCAAAGAUGAAGAAGAUACAUAUGGACCUAAGGAGAAACAUGUCUCUUUUUUCAAAUUCUUUGAUUUCAAAUAUCAGAUCAACAUUGAUGGAACAGUAGCGGCAUAUCGUUUACCAUACCUCCUAGGAGGAAGCGGUGUGGUACUGAAGCAAGACUCGCCAUACUAUGAAUUCUUUUACCAUGAUCUGGAGCCCUAUGUUCACUACAUUCCUUUUAAGAGGGACCUUUCUGACCUCAUUGAAAAGAUUGAGUGGGCAGCAUCUAAUGAUGACAAGGUCCGAGUCAUUGCUGAGAAUGGUAGGCAGUACGUACAAGAAAACCUCAUGCCAAAGAAUAUAUAUUGCUAUCAUGCUGCUUUAUUCCAGGAAUGGAGCCAACGACUCAAGUCUGAUGUAGUAGUGCGGGAGGGCAUGGAAUUUGUACCCAUCAAAGAAAAUGAGAAGCGAUUUGGAGACUGUCAGUGUCACCUCCUUAAUCGCCAUGAUGAACUUUAAGGUUUGAAGUACAGUAAACCCUCCCAAUACCUGACAGUGUGUGAAAGCCCUGUCUCCUACUGGUAGAAUUCCCCAAGCACUUAUUUUUUGCACUGUACUGCACUUGGUACCAUCAUUUUUGUUUGUUUGGAAACAUUUUAAGGGAAUUACAGUACACAUGAUUAGAAUCUAUAUUGCUUUCUGAGUGAUGAAAGAGUAAUGCAGGCAGCACAGGCACACCAUCAGCUGGGGUGCUCAGGUGCACAAGGUCAGGAAGUUCUAACAGGCACCAUGUGAUUGAUAGCGGAGUGUUCCCAUUAUUGGCUCUUACUGGCCAAAUCUGCCAAUUAUACCAGAUAAAAAUAUAUUCCUCAUUGGAAUAUCCCCUUUAUGAGAAAUCUCUUACUGAGGGGUUUUACUGUAAUAGUACACUGUAUUAUACUUUUCUUCUUUUUUGUUAUUGAAAUAAGUAUAAAAGCACGUGUUGAGAAUUUACUAACACAUUUAUUAAAAGUUAUCAUUCAGUAACAAUGAUAUAGAGUACAGUAUAAUUUUUAGAUGAUCUCAGGUGUUCAUAUAGAAGUCAUUCUAAGUUCAAAUGCCGUCCACUUCUUAAAAGGAAGUUGAAUCAAUAUGAGAUACAUACCCAGUUUCUCUUCUAUUUUUUCACAAUUAUGCAGUACUUUCAAAUCUGUCUGUUAUUCUUCAGUCAGACAAAGAGGCAUAAUAUUCAUCCUCCUUACACCAAACAAGCCAUUUUCCUCAUAAUGGUGUAUAAAGACUCUUGUAGCCAACCACCAUAGUUUAAACCUUUGCACUUCAAACCUAAUGAUGAACAUCAAGCUUCCAUAAACUAAUGAAUUUUGCUUCCGAUUCACUUUGGCAUAAAAGAGUAAUAUAGUACUUUAUUAGAAUUGCACAGUGGUGGUUUAAGUCUCUACUUGAAGUCAUUAGGAGUUAUCUCUUCUUGAAUAUUUCCCUCAUGUUCUCCCCAGGAAGUGUCCUGUAAUAUAAGGUCAAAUCAUGGAUGGAAGUUACAAGAAAAUUUCUAGACACAAAAGUUAAUUCCCAGAGUCUUUGAAACAUAGAAUAGCAAGCUACAUUUUCCAAAUACCCUGUAUAUUAUUGUUACCCUAUGAAACAUUUUCGUGUUUCUACCACGUGAUGACUUUUUAAGUUUGAAAUUUUAAAGUCUCUGAUAUGUAAAUUGAAUGUUUACCUACAGAUUAUUUCUACUAUAUUAUAAUAUACCAGUUCUUGACAAGGUAAUCUGUCCGUGGACUUUUAAUAACACAUUUAGUAUACAGUAUAAAAAACACCUGAAAUUAAUCAUGGAACUAGUACAGUAUGUAAUGCUUGUAGCUUUAAUGAAAAUGUUAAUUAUAUUGUUAACUCUUGAGAACUCCUGCAUUUAUUUUUUAUAUUGGUAUGUUUAUGCUUUUGAUUAAAAGAAACAGUAAA